AUGGAAUCCUUCAAAACCUCCAGCCCCUCAACCCACAACCCUCUCCAGACCAACGAGAUCCGGCUCGUCACUCUUCACCCCGGAUCCUCCGAAGAGCUCAUCCGCUGUACCCUCGAGCACAUUGACCUCGACAAGGCCUGCAAUGACUACAUCGCCCUCUCUUACACCUGGGGAGAUCCAACCCAGAUAGAAGACAUCAGCCUCAACGGCCAUACCUAUCCCGUCAUCCUCAGCCUGCGCUCUGCGCUGAGUUACCUACGUCGCAAAGACGAAGCCCGCCGUUUUUGGACCGACAGCUCGCAUGCGAGAUUUUUUGCUUUUGCCGCCGAGGUGCAUAUCUGGCUAGGAGAUUACGGUCCGGAUUACACCGAGGAGGAGUGGCGCCGCGCGAUUGCAAACACGAAGCCCGACGAGAAGGGUGAACAGGAAGAGGAAGACCCGGACAGUUUGUACGAGAUGUACUACCCAAUGAUGAGCACGCUGUACACCAGACCUUGA